AUGCACAAUGCCCAGAGGACAGAAGGCACGGACGGUAGUGGUAGUAGUGGUAGUAGUAGUGGUGGAAGUGGUGGUGGUGGUGGUGGUGGUGGUGGUGGAAGAGGAGGUGAGGAUGGCAAAAUGGAACUGCAAGUGACUGGGACCGCGGACGACGGCAGCAGCAUCAAGUCGGGUGCGAGAGGGAGAGCGUUGAUGGACUGGAUGUGUUGGGCAGGUGGUUUGCAAAAGAAUCUGGACAGUCGGAUGCCCAACGUUCAGUGGCGGAGCGGAAUUCAAUCCGGUGAAACCGAUGUUCCUGAUUGGCUGCCGGAUCAAACUCCGAUACGGAAGGCGCGAGGUGGCAAAGUGCUGGGCCACCAGGCGAUGUGCCAGGCGAUGGGCCAGGCGAUGGGCCAGGCGAUGGGCCAGGCCAGGAGGUAA